AUGCCCCAAAAGCCCAUGCGCUUGCCCCCGUUGAGGGUCUUGCGAGUGAGGAACCCGAACAAGCAGGAGGGCAACCCAUGCGUGCCGAUCAUGUCAUCAGUCUUGGCAUGCUGGGCGUCAGCAGGAUACCAAGCGGCCGGAUGCGCAGUUGUCGAACAGGCAUUGCGCGAAUGCAUGGACGGGCCGAAGCCACCGCCCGCGGCCAAGAACAACAUCAACUUCCACCUGUCAAGAUUCAAGAGAUACCUCGAGGGCAACACCAAGAAGAAAUAG